UAUGGAUAGGCUUGGAACUGUCGUCAAAUUGGGGGGGUUCGGCAUCGGUGGUUUCGUUCUCGUUGCCAUUGAUCAAUUGUCCCUGCACCUCAAGCGACCUCUACAAGCGACAACCUCCACAACAUCCAUCAAUCCUUCAUGUCAGCCCAGGUGGACGACACUGCACCUGGCGACAGCCACUUUGUCACGAUCAGCACGCCCAAAGCGAGCGUAGUGGAGACGUAUGAGACGGCGGCGGUCAGCAGUUCGCGGCCGUCGUCGCAGUCGAAAGCCAGGUCAUCCCUUCGCAAGGUGCCCAAGCUUGCAAUCGAGUGGAAAAUCGACGAGUUGACGGCCAAGAUCCAAAAGUCACGGCGGGUGGUUGAAACUAAAGUCAUUUUAAAGCAGGUGAACGGCGUCGCGUCCGCCGGUCAGCUCGUGGUGAUCAUGGGGCCUUCAGGGGCGGGGAAGAGUUCCAUGCUGGACAUCAUUGCUGGCCGCAACAAGGCGUUCAGCGGGCACGUCAAAGUGAACGGUCAACCGUGGACCCCCGAGCUCAACAAGCGCGCGUGCUACGUAAUGCAAGACGACGUGUUUUAUCACACGUUGACAGUGCAGGAGCACUUGCAGUUCCAGGCGCAGUUUCGGAUGGGCAACUCUUGCACCGCCGCCCAACGCCACGACCGCGUGCAGUACGUGAUUGACGAACUUGGCCUUCGAAAGUGCAAAGACACCCGCAUUGGCAACACCCAAGUGCGCGGGAUUUCCGGCGGCGAGCGCAAGCGGCUCAGCUUCGCCACGGAGAUUUUGACCAACCCGUCGCUGUUGUUUGUGGAUGAACCGACCAGCGGCCUGGACAGUUUUAUGGCCGAGAGCGUGGUCCAAAUCAUGCAAAAGCUGGCGCGCGAGGGCCGCACGAUCCUCGCGACGAUCCACCAGCCGUCGUCUGAGCUGUUUUCGCUGUUUGACCAGCUCUAUUUGCUGUCGAACGGACGAACAGUGUACUAUGGCCCCGCCGCCGACUCUGUCGCAUACUUUGCAUCGAUUGGGUACCCCUGCCCCAACUACAUGAACCCGACCGAUUACUUUAUGCGGCAAAUCAUCCAGCUCGAUGCCGAGGCGACGGCGCGCGUACACACGAUGGUGGAAAAGUGGCAGCAAACCGAAGCGUCGCGGAUGCUGGCGGCGCCCGAGACGGCCACAGCCGCCGAACUGGCGGCGUUUACCGAAACCAGGUUGGGCCUCGUGGGGCAGUUUGCCGUGCUGUGCAAACGCAACGUCACGCGUCUCGUGCGCGACCACAUGGCGUUCAAAGCGCGGCUGUUUCAAAGCCUGUUCAUUUCCGUGAUUGUGGGCCUGAUUUACCUCAACUUGACCAUGUCGCAGAGCGGGAUCCAGAGCUUUGGCGGCGUGCUGUUCUUCAUCACGAUCAACCAAGUGUUUUCGUCGGCCAACUCGGAAUUCCUGGCAGUUCCGUUGGAGUUGCCCAUCAUGUCGCGCGAGUACAAUGGCGGGUUGUACGGGUCGUCGAUCUGGUACUUUGCGAAAAACGUGUCGGAGCUGCCGUUCCAAGCAUUCUUUCCCAUGAUCUUUCUCAUCCCGCUGUACUUUAUGAUUGGGUUUGGGCCCCAGAACGCCACCGUCUUUUUUACGUUUUACGUGUUUCUCGUGCUGCUCAACUCGACCGCCACGGGCGUGGGGUACAUGGUCAGCUGCAUGGUGCGCCGCGCCGAUCUCGCCCCCGUCAUUGGCAUCGUGCUCAUCCUCCCGCUUGUGCUCUUUGGCGGCCUCUUCAUCAACACGGACAACACCCCCGACUACUUUAUCUGGCUCGAGUACAUUUCGCCCUUGAAAUACGCCUACCGUGGCGUCAUGCGGGCGUUUUGGUCCACCGUGCUUGACAUCCCAUGCGACCCCACGCGCGCCAACUGCGUGCACAAUGGCGCAGCGGUGCUCAAGAAUGCGUCCCUGGACAAAGCGUCCAUGGUCCUCGACGUCGCCGCCCUGCUCGGCCUCAACUUUGGAUUCCGGUUCAUCGGCAUGCUUUUCCUCGCCCGGAAUGUCAAGAAGCGCGACUAAAUAGGAUUGUACUACGACCCCCUGGGCUUGCAUUUCCUUCUUCCUACAUGCUUGUCACGGUCCUACUCUUAGUUGGUUGUAAUGAAAUAUAACGUUCUAAAUCGUUUAGA